AGGUCCCUUCUUUCUGUCAGUUUGUAUUUACGAUUGUCGAAAUCAUGUGAAAAUAAUUGUGAAUUAAAUAGAAACACUGCCUGUUUAACCGUAAUAAUUGAAUUCUAUACGGGAGCAUGUUUCUAAUUUUGUAUGUAUAUUAUGUGUAGAACGCCAUUUUUGUUUUGUCACACGUAGUUCAAUAUCCACGUUAUAAUAAGCUAUAAAUACAACGGGGUGUUGAAACGAUUACGAAGUAUAUUUUGUAUAUUUAUCAAUUAAAAUAUGGCUUUUUACACUUGCAAUCGAUAUAGAAUAGUAAUAUUUGUAUUAUUAGUGCUGAUAAUAUUUCAACUAAUUCGACUCUUAUCAGAUAAACCCGUGGCGAUACUGUCUGGGUCUGAUUUAUUGAAGCUAGAAGACGAUGCUUACAAUAAGCAUAAAAAAGAUAAAGUAAAAGUGAGAGUAUACUAUGAAGCUUUGUGCCCAGACUCAAAGUACUUUUUUGUAAAACACUUGGGCCCGGUGACUGAAAAAUUGUCCGACUUUUUAGAUAUUACUUUAAUUCCGUAUGGUAAAGCUCAGACCAAAGAAGAAGAUGGUAAAUAUUAUUUCCACUGUCAGCAUGGCGAGGAGGAAUGCUUUGGUAAUAAAGUACAUGCAUGUGCCAUUGAGCUGAUUGGCAACAUGACAGAAUAUGUGCAGUUCACUGACUGCCUCUUUUCAGUUUUUGAAGUAGAGGCUGCUCUUAAGAAGUGUUCAAAUAAAUUCAAUGUGGAUAAAGACCAAAUACUCCGUUGCGCUAACAGUGAACAUGCUUCAGAAUUAUUAAAGAAAUAUGGUGAUGACACACAUAUAAUUGAGCCUGGUUUCAUACCAACCAUAUUAAUAAAUGGCUCCAAAGAUAAUCAGGGAGGUAUUUUGAAAAACUUUUUGUUAGAAGUAUGUAAACGAAUUGACAUGCCAUUACCACCACCAUGUUUGUGACGUCACAUAUUUUCCAGAGCAAAUAUGCAACAUAAUAUUUUAUGAAGAAUUAUUCCUGUUAAUAAAAUAAUUUACUGUAAAAGUAACUAACCAAUUCCAAAUUAACUAACUAAUUGAGGCUCAAAUCGAAGUGUUGCUGGUUUUUUUUUAAUUUAUAUUUUAUUGCACAUACAAUCACAUUGAAAGAUACAAAACUUACUAUUAUUUCCUUAAGAGUUAUAGGUUUAAGAAUAUAUUUUGCUUUUAUGAUAAAUGACGCAGCUGAGCACAAGAACUUAGAAAUAUUAUAUUUAACAAUUUAAAAAAUCAAAAGAGUUUAUGAUUCAUAUAACAAUAAUAUGCAAAGGUUGUGUAUUGAAAAAUUUACUGUAAGUACUCUGAAUUAGUAUUAUGUGUUUCCUUUUUUAGUUAUAUACAUUUAUUAAUAUGUAUUUGUAUUGUAUAUCAAUGAUUCAAUUGGCUCAUUAUUAUAUUGUGCAUACUUCCAUAAAUUUAAAUAAACUUGUUAGUAUGAAAGUAAUCAGUCAUAUACCUACCACUUGAUUAAAUAUUGUAAUGCUCUUUUUGCAAUAUUUAAUAUUAUAAGAAAAUUAUGACCACUUUUGUGAAUAUCGUUUGAUAAUUUUAACAUUUUUUAAAGUGACACUUAUAAUUGAACAGAAAAUAUUUUACAUAAAUAAGAUCAAAUAUAGAUGUUGUGACACUGACACGUGCUACAUAUUUUUUUACUAGAUGUAGCGAUUGUCGUAGAAAUUAUGAGAUCGUAAUUUCUACGACAGAGAAUUUCGUUUUCCAUUUACACACAUAAAAUAAGUCUGCAAAUAUGAGGUCACAUGCCCAUUUAUAUAGAUAUAGCAUCAAUAAUAAAAUGGAAAUGCAAGUAAGUUGUAUUGUAAGUACUAAAUUCAAUAAUAAUAGUUACGACAUUAUUUUACUUGCUUUAUUGUGUUGUAGACUUUUUGUGGUAACCUAAGCAUCAUAACGCUUUUUACUAAUCAUUGUUCUUUACACUUAUGGAUGUAGGUACGCUCCUAAUGAAAACGAUUUUAUAUUAGUUAUUCGCUAGUGUGCCAAAUCGUAUAAUUAGCUAUAUGUAAUAGGCUACUUACUUUUUAUACGUUACUUAUUGGUAGUGGAACUUACGUUGUCAAUUGUGAUUCUACCACUUAAAGCUCAAGGAUAGGGAGCUAUCCUUCAGUUUGGAAGACAAUAGUGCUACUUUGCGGUAGAAGUCACGCGGUUUAUUAUAUUAUGUUAUUGUUACGCAAUAAUGAUGGGUCAAUUCGGGCAAAUAUUAUUAUAAACUAAUGUAAGUUCUGAAUAUGUAACUCUCGUUAUUGGUAAGAAAUAGACAGGAGAUGUAAUUUUAGUUUAGAGCUGUUAACUCUUAAGGCCUCGUGUACAUCAAAACGUACAUAAUAUGUGUAGUGAUUCAGACCCAGACAAUAUUAUUCCUAUGAUCAUGCCCAGUGCACAUUAUAAUGAAAAAUACGGCAUUCGAAUUUAGCGCUAUUUAUUGUACACACACACACAAGUUUUUCAUACAAAACUUAGAACAUACUUUACAAGCGUGUUUUGUACAUUAAUGGACAUUGGGCGUUUAGCACUUUUCCCAUUGUACUUUGCUGGGUCUUUGGAGGUUAAAUUUUCACAGUUUCUUAUAAAUUUACUUGCGAUGCAAAUGCAUGCAAUCAAAAAUCGAGGGCUUUGACUAAUCUAACACUUCAAAAUACAUCGGCAUUUUUUGUCCUUUUACGUCUAGUAGAUUUUGCAAAGAUGUCUAGUAGAUUCUUUUAUCGUAUGCCAUUCUGCGUGAAAUAAAGAAAAAAUAUUGUACUAACGAGUUCCAUAAGAACUACAUAAUUAGAAUCUAUACCAACUUUGUUGUACUAAAUUAAUGACUCUAUAUUAUAUUUACUAACGUAAAUAAUUGGGUAAUUUAACGAAAAAUUCAUAUAGUGGAAAUUAUUCUAGAAAAACUCUGAAAAAUAAUUCCAAUCUUUUGAA